AUGUUUCGCUCUGGCCAGAGAAAGGUUGAUGCCUACUUCCGAGCCCAGAAAAUCAGCGUGGGAAAAGCUCCCAGCAUCCACAGUACUCAGUUUCGCGAAUUCACUUUGACGCCGGAUUCCCCGUAUGCCACGCUAGACUAUGGCGCGGAUGUGGCCGGAUUUCCCACAUUCGAAGUCGAUCGCCUUUCUAAACCUGCACAAAUUGAAGUGAAGUACAGCGAGCAGUUCACGGGACUCCUCCAGCCACUCAGCGAUGGGCCUAGUCUCUUUGUGUCGAGUCUCUCAAAUUCAUUUCGAGUCGAAACCUUUAACGUCACUCAAUCUGGAGAAUUUGAUUCUGGGUUGAUUCAAGGGGGCCAGCGCUGGCAAAGCAUUCGGUUGCUCACAAACAGCUCAGUCACCUUCCGGGCAGUCUCCUUCAAAUCCACCGUUGGUACGGUGGACACUGAAAGCCUUCCCGGAUCGUUUCAUUCGUCGAGCCCCUUCUACAACGAGAUAUGGGGAUUGGGUGCACGUGCCGUCUCGCUGGCUUGUUUUGACGCAGGCUCACAGAAGUCCAUCUGGUCGGUCUCCGGCGAAGGGGUCUUGGUGUCAAGCAGCGUCCCCAGUUACUCGUUGAAAAGUUACGAUUUUGAAGAAUAUGACUUGCAUUUUGACGCAAAGAUUGCUCGAGGGGGAGUGCUCUGGUCUACUGGUUACAAUUUCGGCAUUCGGUCCAAGGGAGGUGUUCUCAUCAACCUGGCCAGUAAUUACCCAGCAGAUUCUACUUUCGUCAACGUCAAUAAAACCCUCUUCCCACCGUCGACUAUCACGCUGGCCUAUGGUGUGAAUUUCGUUAACCAAACUACCUUGACUUCCUACCCACUGGACUCCUUCUCUGUACCCUUUGAUGUCCUGGAAGAUACCUGGUACCAUAUCACGACCACUGUCCGCUCAGGAUAUCUGGCUGUCAGCCUGAACCGGACUCAAGUUUUCAAUAUUUCUCUGGAUAGCUACUAUUUUGGUGGUGGCUCCAUCGAUAGUGCUGGUGCGUUUGGCUUUGGGGCAUGGCAAGACCAAUCUGCCCAUAUUCGCAACGUCACGGCACUGGAUACAAAUCGUCAGCUCAUCUAUCAGAAUUCGAUGACGAAUGCCACAGCGGUCUUACCGGAGUACGGUGUCCAUAGCAAUUAUUUUUCGGAAUGUGUGGAUGGUGCCAAAAGAGAUCGCUUGGUGUGGCAAGGAGACUUCUUGCACACCAGUCGCAUCAUCGGUGUUACUACCUACCGGGGUGACCAUGUCACUGGUACCUUAUCACAGCUUCUGGCCUACCAGCUUUCCACCGGCCAGCUACCUACGGCCCCCUCUCUUGGAUAUUCACCAACAACAAAUGGCUCGAUCUUUGCCGUGGCAAACGCCGCGUACCUUCUUCCGGACUAUCACAUUCUUGCUCUUAUGUCGUUCGUUUCCUACAUGGAGUAUUCUGAUGAUGUUCAGUAUGCACAGAAACACUGGGAGGCUUGGAAGCUCGCGGUCAAUUGGCUUGUAUCAUAUCGCAGCAACUCAACUGGAUUAAUCGACUUCAGCCUUUUUGGAACCGCCUUUCUCGGUCCCACCAGUGGUUCUGCCAUCAACACCGCUGCUGUUGGGGCUAUUGAAGGUAUGGCUUUAGUAGCCGAAGCUGUUGGAGAUGUUUCCUCAUACAAUAAAUGGAAAGCAGUCGCCAUCUCGCUCAAGAAGGUCGUGAAUACUGCAUUCUGGAGCGACGAGUAUGGCAUUUACUCCAUUGCUACUUCGGAUCCGGGCAACUACUCCGUUGCUGGCCUCGGAUUUGCUAUUACCUCUGGCUCGGCAAAUCACACGCAAGCUCAGCUCGCUUUGUCGCAUGUACCAUCCCUCAAGCUGGGUCCAGGAUAUCGGGAUUCAAGUAAAAUUCUUUCAUCCGACUCCUCUGCCAAUCUGUCGCCGAAUACGAACGGCUUUCUUCUCCAGGCUAUCUUGGAGCAGAAGAAGGCGGACCUUGCAACCUUUUUGUUUCAAAAUCUGUGGGGUGCAAUGAUUGCCAACACAUCAAGCCAUUCGGGAGCUAGCUGGGAGUAUGUGAAUCAGCAGUUGAAGCCUGGCCUUGGGCAAUUUACUUCACUCAGCCAUCCUUGGGGUGGUGCAGCUACUUACACCCUUACCAACUAUGUGGCUGGUAUUCGGCCCGCGAGCUUCGGAUAUAAAACGUGGGUGGUCGAGCCGGCCUAUGUAGGCUUUGGAUUGGACGAGGUCAACGCGACGGUGCCCACCCCGCAUGGUCCUUUGCGCGUAGCUUGGAGCGUGAAAGACUAUUUGGUCAGUGUGACGAUUGAUUCCCCAGCGGGCACAAUUGGAAAACUGGUCUUGAGCAAGGACUGGGCGUGCGGGCAGGAGAUUAUGCCCGAAAAUUGUGAGAAAGCCACGGACUUCAUUCGCGAGAUCCAGGGAGGGAAAACUGAAACUUUCGUACAUCGAAUGGUGAUUUAA